AUGACUGAAGCCACGAACGGCUCUCAACCCCAACAAGAUUGGAAGAUACAAGUAAAAAAUGGCGAUUAUAAAAGUCAACCGAAGCACCUUGGUGUAACUCCUCCCAUCGCAUUGAGUCCUCCGACGUCUAGAGAGCAUGAAGUUACAGAUUCGUUACUUGAAGAACUUAAAGAACAAGGCACUUUUGAAAGCGAAGAUGAAAGUAAAAGACGUGAAGUAGUGCUUGGCAAACUCGAUAAAAUCGUUAAAGAUUUUGUUUAUCGAACAUGUAAAGAAAAAAAAAAUUUACCUGAAGCUGACGCUAGGGAAGCUGGAGGAAAAAUAUUUACUUUCGGCUCCUAUCGAUUAGGUGCCGACAUUGACACAUUAUGUGUUGUUCCUCGUCACGUAGUACGCGAUGAUUUCUUCACCGAAAUGCAUGAAACUUUGCGUGAUCGGAUCGAAGUUACUGAAUUGACGAGUGUGACUGAUGCAUAUGUGCCCGUAAUCAAAAUGAAAUUUCAAGACAUCCCAAUUGAUCUUGUGUUUGCGAGUUUGGGAGUUUCUAAAGUCGCUGACGAUCUUGAUCUUAAAGAUAAUUCUCUAUUGAAAAAUUUAGAUGAAACUUGUAUAAGAAGUUUAAAUGGAUCUCGAGUAACAGAUGAAAUCCUACGUCUGGUUCCUAAUAUACCAGCAUUUCGGACUUCUCUGAGAUGCAUUAAAUUAUGGGCAAAAAGACGUGCCAUUUAUUCAAAUAUAAUGGGAUUUUUUGGCGGUGUAGCUUGGGCUAUGUUAGUGGCCCGUAUAUGCCAACUAUAUCCUAAUGCAAUUGCUGGCGCAAUAGUGUCUCGAUUUUUCAGAAUCAUGUAUCAAUGGAAUUGGCCACAGCCAGUAUUACUGAAGCCCAUCGAAGAAGGUCCACUACAAGUCAGAGUCUGGAAUCCAAAGCUAUAUCCAAUUGAUCGAUCGCAUUUGAUGCCCAUUAUUACUCCAGCUUAUCCUUCAAUGUGCGCAACGCACAAUGUUACAUCCUCGACAAAAAGAAUUAUUGAGGCUGAAUUCAAACGAGCCGCCGAAAUUGCCGAUAAAGUCAUGGUUGGAACGGGAAAAUGGAAUGAACUUUUUGCUAAACACGAUUUUUUUUUAAGAUAUCGCUAUUAUCUCCAAAUUAUAGCAUCUUCGGAUUCCCCCGAACGACAAUUGAAAUGGUCUGGAAUGGUAGAAUCAAAGAUUCGACAUCUCAUCACGAAACUGGAAGUAGUAGAUAAUCUUGGUCUAGCGCAUCCUUUUGUAAAUGGUUUUGAGAAAGUUCAAAAUUGUAGAAAUGAUCAAGAACAAUCUGAUAUUGCACACGGAAUGUUUAAUAAUAAUAGUGUUGAAGUAAACCCCGCUGACCAAUCACAAGAUAAUGUCCGCCUAAUAUACACGACAACUUUCUACAUUGGAUUAUAUAUCGAGCCUCGAACAACUGGUGCAACCGCGCCACGACAAUUGGAUAUCUCUUGGCCUAUUUCCGAAUUCACAAAAAUGGUGAAAUCAUGGGACAAAUACGACGAACAAACGAUGGCAAUUGUCGUUAAAUACGUAAAGAGUAAUCAACUCCCCACCGAUUUAUUUGAAGAUGGUGAUCAAAGACCGAUACGGCGUAAAUCACCGAAAACAACUGGGAAGAAUAAAUUCAAUAAUACUACCACAACGGGAACGGAGCAGCCCAAUAAGAAGCGACGAGGCUCGAAUGAUACAGUAAUGUCAGCAUUCGAAAAUGAUAAUGAACAAAUUUUGAAUGGAUCAGAAAACCGUAUGGAAAAACCUGAUAAUCAUACAUCAUCAUCGUCUAAUAUAUUGGCAUCCACCACCAACAAUAGGGGUGCCUCAGUGACGACUCUCACUCCUGCUGCUCCUCCAACAACACCAUUUGACCAGCCACACGUGAGGCAGACUGUCAAGAGUGGUCCUUGA